AUGGACAACUUCAAAGCACCUCAUGUCUGUAACUGCGAGGAGCUUGGAUGUGGACCAGAACGCUUUGAGCUUCGAGGAGUCCUCUACACCGGCAAGACCAGAACCCGUCAAAAUGGUGAGAAGCACGAAGCAAAACUGCGCCGGAUACGUCUAAAAACGUCUAGUUCAUCUAAUGGCCAAUUUCAAGAGAGAAAUAAUCUACCAGCACGCCGACGAUCACUGAGUACAGGAGAUAUAACAGCAAAUCAAGCAUAUAUUGAUCAAUCAAUGGGGCCGAUUGUUGGUGCAGCACAGCUUGGAAGACGCCGAUCUAGCUCUGUGGAAACCGUUCAAGUCUCGGCCAAUCAUCAAAACACACAGCCUCCAGCUUCAAUCACUGUAUCAACUGCGGGUUUCCAGAGGCAGCAAGUAUAUCUCCAGCGUCCCGCAUGCCUCAUUGCUAUGCUUCGAGUCGCACAUGCAAGUAUCAUUCAGAAUGCUGUGCACGACGAUUGCCGAAAAUCACUUCACAUGGCCAAGCUUGAACUAGCGCAGUCAGCCAAGGAUCACGGAUAUACUGGACGUCCUUAUUGGGAAGAUCUUCCUCUCUCGGUUCCGACACUAUUCACAAUGCUCAAUCUCGAUGUUAAUAUGAAAACCGAAGUCUGCUGUCCAGAUUGUUUUGCUUUACAUGGUCAACCAGGUGCCAAACCUGAUGGCACCUACAAACUUAAUAAUCCGCCGGCCCUGUGGGGGAAUUCUCUACUCCGACACGCCACUCAAGCCGUACCGCCAAUUUCACUAUCAAUCCCUUCAAUCGUGGCUGGCCCGGAUGCUGCUUGUUCCUGGAUUCGAAGACGCUUUGGAUGA